CAUAUGUACAUAUGUAUUUCAGAAUAAAAUCAUACAAAGUUUUCAUACACGAAAACCUCCUUGCUUAAGAAAUUAAAAAUCUGACGAAAUAACGGACGCCAGUUGCGUCAUUAUUUUCAUCAUCACAUGUGCACAUAUUUUUGUUUCCUGUCAGUAUAUGUAAUAAAUCUUGCACUCUUGCACAUAUUCUCCCGUGAUUAUCACAUUUCUGGUUCUACUUAUUAGCGUUGAAAUUCAUCCCCCGAUUCCAUUCCAUCAACUGGUUUUAACAAGAUAAUUAGCACGGUGAAAUAUUACUGGUAAAAAGCGUGCUCUGCCACAUUGGAUACAACAUCUGCGACAAAUAAAAUCAACCCAGGCUGCAUUUCAGUUCAACAAAAUAUAAUCGUUGCGGCUCGAUUACCCUGAAAAUGUUUGCAAAUUUUUUCACAAAGUUUCCCGAACUGGCCGAAGCAGCUAAAAAAGGCCUUAUUUUGGGCGGUGGUCUCUUUAUACUUGGAACCCUAGUCGAAAAUCACUUAGUAGAAGAAACAAGCAAAAAGGCGCUAAGGACCAUACGGUUGGAGCAGAAGGACCAAGAAAUUCAAUUGACACGAUUACAAGCGGCGUUGGAAUCGUUAAAACACGACGUUCGAGAUCUCAAGCGCUACGAGGCCCAUGUUGAAAUGGCGUCGUCUUCAUUAUCCCGAAGUCUUGAGAGGAAUAUUCAAUAUAUGCAGGCUCGCGACAAAGAGGCCCGCGAAAAAGGGUCUGCUAACACUUCAUUGGAAUAAGAUGUUAUCAUUGGUUAAAUAUUAGAUAUAAGAUAAGCUAAAAUAACACAAAGCUGUUAAAAUUGAAUUUUUGAUAACGCCUUUUUCAGUAUAAUCAUACUUCUUUGGAAUAAAAAAACAAGCUUGUAUUGCUUAAAUAAAUUUGUUCAAUUG